GGAGGGGCGGCAGUGCGCAGGCGCGAGGGAGAGGUGACCUUCCAGGCGGAAAGGCGCCGGAGCCGGGGGGCGAGGAAGGAUGCUGAGCAAGUUCAUGGGUCCCCGUUACGGGCAGCUCCUGCGCCACUGGGUGCCUACGUUGAGCACAUGGGGCACCGUGGGCGCCGUGGGGCUGGUCUGGGCCACGGACUGGAGGCUGAUCCUCGACUACGUGCCUUGGAUCAACGGCAAGUUUAAGAAGGACGACUGAGCAGAAAACAAGCCCUUCUCCGCAAGAAGAGCAACCCGUUUGGUCUCAGAGAAGCUUCCUUUUUCUGCCUGCUGGCGCUUCGAAACUGUGAAUCCUUCAAACUGCCCGGCGGCGCCGAAACCUUCCUUUUUCCUCUCACCAAUGGGCAGAUGCUGCACCGAUAAUGUCACCAUGAAUAAAGCCUCUUUUAGUGCACGGGAAAA